CGUGAUUGGUCCUAAACCCGUAUCCGGUGGAGCAGCGGUUCAAGGAUUUGGAAAAGUCGAAGGGAGAAAUUUGGUACGCUUGUGGAAAUAACAUCCAAAACCGAGUCAGUGACGAAGGGCUCGGUAAGAAUUCGCGGGUUCUUGUAAACGUUACUGCUCCAAUCAACGGUUUGAAAUUCAAAGGCCAGAGUUUGUUUACCAGUUCGUAGCAGAGCAGGAGCACAUCGUGAUGGCGUCGAGCAGUACGAGCAGUGAGGAGGAGAGGAGUUUGAGGGAGUGUGAGCUCUACGUGCAGAAACACAACAUCCAGCAGCUGCUGAAGGACUGCAUCGUCCAGCUGUGUACCUCCAGGCCUGACAGACCCAUGGCAUUCCUCAGAGAGUACUUUGAGAGGCUCGAGAAGGAAGAGGCCAAGCAGAUCCUAAACCAGCAGAAGGCCAGCAGCCGUUCUGACUCCAGGGAUGAGGAGGUGUCUCCUCCCAUGAACCCCGUUGUUAAGGGUCGCCGGAGGAGAGGAGCCAUCAGCGCUGAGGUCUACACAGAGGAGGACGCUGCAUCCUAUGUCAGAAAGGUCAUUCCUAAAGACUACAAAACAAUGGCUGCCCUGGCUAAAGCUAUCGAAAAGAAUGUGCUAUUCUCUCACUUGGAUGACAACGAGAGGAGUGACAUAUUUGAUGCCAUGUUUUCAGUUACCUACAUCGCUGGAGAGACUAUCAUUAUGCAAGGUGAUGAGGGGGAUAAUUUCUACGUCAUCGACCAAGGAGAGACGGAUGUCUAUGUCAACAAUGAGUGGGUGACCAAUAUCGGGGAGGGGGGCAGCUUUGGAGAGUUGGCCUUGAUCUACGGGACCCCCAGGGCUGCCACCGUCCGAGCCAAGACCAACGUCAAACUGUGGGGCAUCGACAGAGAUAGCUACCGGAGGAUACUCAUGGGCAGCACUUUGAGGAAGAGGAAGAUGUACGAGGAGUUCCUCAGCAAAGUCUCCAUCUUAGAGUCUCUGGACAAAUGGGAGCGUCUGACGGUGGCUGACUCUCUGGAGCCGGUGCAGUUUGAUGAUGGACAGAAGAUUGUGGUGCAGGGAGAGCCUGGCGACGAGUUCUUCAUCAUACUGGAGGGUUCUGCAGCUGUAUUGCAGCGUCGCUCUGAGAACGAGGAGUUUGUGGAAGUUGGGAGGUUACAACCGUCUGACUACUUUGGUGAGAUUGCCCUGCUGAUGAACCGUCCCCGUGCUGCCACUGUGGUCGCCCGCGGUCCUCUGAAGUGUGUGAAGCUGGACCGACCGCGGUUCGAGCGUGUCCUGGGACCCUGCUCGGACAUUCUCAAACGCAACAUCCAACAGUACAACAGCUUCGUGUCACUGUCUGUCUGAGGGGUUUCCCCACCCCCUGUACCCCCUAACCCCCUUUGUAAGCCCAGAACACCCCUGUACCCUCUAAUCCCCUUUGUAACCCCAGAACACACCCUGUACCCCCUAGUCCUCUUUGUAACCCCAUAACACACCCUGUACCCCCUAAUCCCCUUUGUAACCCCAUAACACACCCUACCCCACCCCCUAAUCCCCAAUGUAACCCCAUUACACACCCAGUCCCUGUACCCACCCCCUAAUCCCCUAUGUAACCCCAUAACGCAUCCCCUACCUCUGUACCCACCCCCUAAUCCCUGAUGUAACCCCAUAACGCAUCCCCUACCUCUGUACCCACCCCCUAAUCCCCUAUGUAACCCCAUAACGCAUCCCCUACCUCUGUACCCACCCCCUAAUCCCCUAUGUAACCCCAUAACGCAUCCCCUACCUCUGUACCCACCCCCUAAUCCCUGAUGUAACCCCAUAACACAUCCCCUACCUCUGUACCCACCCCCUAAUCCCCUAUGUAACCCCAUAACGCAUCCCCUACCUCUGUACCCACCCCCUAAUCCCCUAUGUAACCCCAUAACGCAUCCCCUACCUCUGUACCCACCCCCUAAUCCCCUAUGUAACCCCAUAACGCAUCCCCUACCUCUGUACCCACCCCUAAUCCCCUAUGUAACCCCAUAACGCAUCCCCUACCUCUGUACCCACCCCUAAUCCCUGAUGUAACCCCAUAACGCAUCCCCUACCUCUGUACCCACCCCCUAAUCCCUGAUGUAACCCCAUAACGCAUCCCCUACCUCUGUACCCACCCCUAAUCCCUGAUGUAACCCCAUAACGCAUCCCCUACCUCUGUACCCACCCCUAAUCCCUGAUGUAACCCCAUAACGCAUCCCCUACCCCUGUACCCACCCCCUAAUCCCCUAUGUAACCCCAUAACGCAUCCCCUACCCCUGUACCCACCCCCUAAUCCCCGAUGUAACCCCAUAACGCAUCCCCUACCCCCUGUACCCACCCCCUAAUCCCCUAUGUAACCCAAUAACGCAUCCCCUAC